UUUUUUCCACAAAGCCCCAGUGACAGCGCUUCGUUGUGAAGAUGCCCAUAGACACCCUCAUACGAGACUUGGUGGUCCUGCAGGGACUCGAGACUUUCGACAAUGGCCACAACACCUUCAUGUUCAGUUCCGAAUCAGUCGGAGAAGGACAUCCAGAUAAAUUAUGUGAUCAAAUUAGUGAUGCUAUCCUUGAUGCUCAUCUUGAACAAGAUCCUGAUGCUAAAGUUGCAUGUGAAACUGCAGCUAAAACUGGGAUGGUGAUGAUCUUCGGGGAGAUAACUUCUAAAGCUACUGUGGAUUACCAAAAAAUUGUUCGUGAAACAGUUAAAAAGAUUGGAUAUGAUAGUUGCACAAAAGGCUUUGAUUACAAAACUUGUAAUGUCUUGGUUGCAAUUGAACAGCAAAGCCCAGAUAUAGCUUCUGGAGUGCAUUUGAAUAAGUCGGACGAAGAAAUAGGAGCUGGGGAUCAAGGUUUAAUGUUUGGAUAUGCUACAGAUGAAACUGAAGAAUGCAUGCCAUUGACAGUUGUUCUUGCACACAAAUUAAAUGCUAGGCUUGCUAUGCUAAGGAAAGAUGGGACUUAUCCUUGGGCUGGACCUGAUUCAAAAACACAAGUGACCUGUGAAUAUAGUUUCAAGCGUGGUGCAGCAAUACCAAUCCGUGUUCAUACGGUUGUUGUUUCAACACAACACAUGAGAGAUAUUCCAUUGGAUGUUUUACGUAAAGAGGUUAUGGAGCAUGUAAUCAAAUACAGCAUCCCUGCAAAAUACCUAGAUGAUAAAACAAUUUAUCACAUUAAUCCGUGUGGCGAAUUCAUUACUGGUGGACCAAUGGGUGAUGCUGGUUUGACAGGUCGUAAAAUUAUUGUAGAUACCUAUGGUGGAUGGGGAGCCCAUGGUGGAGGUGCUUUUUCAGGAAAAGAUCCUAGCAAGGUAGACAGAUCAGCAGCUUAUGCAGCAAGAUGGGUGGCUAAAUCUCUUGUAAAGGCAGGUCUUUGCAGGCGAUGUCUUGUUCAACUCUCUUAUGCUAUUGGAAUUGCUGAACCUCUAUCCAUAACUGUGUUAUCUUAUGGAACAUCAGAAAAAACUCAGAAAGAACUACUGGAAAUUGUUAUGAAAAACUUUGAUUUGAGACCUGGUAUCAUUAUCAAGGAAUUAGGUUUGAAGAAACCCAUUUAUUCCAAAACAAGUGCUUAUGGGCAUUUUGGUCGAGAAGAAUUUCCAUGGGAGAAACCCAAGAAACUUGUCCUUUGACGUAGCUAACACAAAAUUAAAAUUUUUAUGUCUGUGCAAGCAAACCACAGUGGAUAUGUCGAAUGCUUGCAUUUAAGGUGCUGUAUAUUAAAUUAUUCCUUACCUGCAUUUAUUCUGACAUCUGCUGCAAAUGUGUGUAAAGACAAUUGUACAUUAUCGCAUCAGAUAGUGAGAUUAUUGAUGUAAAAAUGCUAUCUUUUAUACAUGUCUUUCUUUAUAGAAAUGCUGGGGAUAAUUUCUUUUUUAAACUUUCAUUAACUUUAUUGAAACAAUGAUUGUGCUAUACACAAUUAAAAUGAAUGCAAAACAGAAUCGGAAAAACAUAUUCUAUUAUGAUAAAUGUUUCUUGUGAACUGUUCUGCUUCGGUUCUUUGCAAGUGGAAAGUUUCCAAACUACUCCAGCUUCUUGUGAAUAUUUCAAAAAGCUGCCUUUUUUUCUGGCAUUAAUUGUGAUUAGUUUGUUUUAUAGAAUUCUGGACGUGGAGCUUUUAUUACCAGAACUUCUAUUUCUUAUUGAAAGCUAUAUAAAGUAAUAAAAAAAAAACAUUGAAAGGCAGUUUUGCUGUAUGAAUUUAAAGCCUUGCCCGCUGAAAUAUUUACUCCUCAGAAUCAAUUGGCAUAAUUGUGAUUGAGCUUUAGGAUAUGUGUUUUGCAGUGUGUGCUGAACUCUAUCUUCUGGAAACACUGCAUAAUCCUACAGUCAUGUUUUUCUCCAUGAUUAUAUCAAUAACCUCACUAUUGAACUAAUAAGCACAUUUGUCUUGUGUUUAUAAAAAUUCCAGUGGAAAAGAGCACUUUUUUUAAACACUCGGGUUUGCUUGCACAAUGGCUGAAAUUCAAGUUAAAUAUUAGUCUUUUUGUAGUAUGUAAUCAAUCUUCAUAUUUGAAUUUGUGAUAAAGGGUGAAGAAGGGACUUGUUUUAUAAAAUUUGAACUCUUUUCUUUGCUGCAUAAUACAAUGGUAUUUAUGCAAGGUCUUGUCAAUGUGUAAAAAGGAAAAUCAUUCACAUAUUGUAAAUGUUGAAAGGAUACUCAUUGUCACUAGCUGUAUUGCUGCAUUGCUUCUUUUUUUUCUCUUGCAAGUUUUGUCACUUUUUUUGGUGCAAUGGUGCAUCAGUUUUGAUUUUUGUGUUAGUAGUUUGACUUUUUCUAUUGCCAAAUAUUUUAGGCGGAAUGGGACUAGCUGUUAAUCUUAACUCUUGGCAUUUUAUAUGACUUUAAUUUUCUUUCCCCCUCCCUGUUUUUUCCCCUUUUUUUAUUGACAACUUAUGCCAUGUUACUUCAUCAUGUUAAUCACUCACUUUAUUCAUCAAUGAAAUGUGCAAGUCAUGGCAUGCAUUGUAAUGAAGAUACUGUAAGUUUUUAUGAUCUGAAUAAAAUAAAAACUCUCCUGCA